GACUUCAAAACAGCGCUCCUGUAAUUUUUUUCAUGGUUUAUACACAUCAUCGACACAGUUGACGGCAUAUGAUUCGUCAAUGAUCUUGGCGACAAAACAGAGUUGAGGAGGCUGUAUCAUUGGGCUCUGUGAGCUGAAGGAGAGGACCCUUUACCCAAGAGCUAUCGGCUAUUAGCUACCGCUAGCUGGAUUUACUAUCGCCAUGGAGUUGGCUCACAGUCUACUUCUGAACGAGGAAGCCCUAGCCCAGAUCACUGAGGCUAAGAGACCCGUCUUCAUCUUCGAAUGGCUUCGCUUCCUGGACAAGGUUCUAGUGGCAGCAAACAAGGUGGAUGUGAAGGAGAAGCAGAAGAAGUUGGUUGAGCAGCUGACAGGGUUGAUCAGCAGUGCCCCUGGCCCUCCCACCAGGAAACUGCUAGCGAAGAACCUGGCUACCCUCUACAGCAUAGGAGACACCUUCACUGUCUUCCAGACGCUGGACAAGUGCAACGACAUCAUCAAGAGCAAGGAUGACACGCCCACUUACCUCCCCACCAAACUAGCUGCUGUGGCCUGUGUUGGGUCCUUCUAUGAGAAGAUGGGGAGGAUGCUGGGAAGCUCCUUUCCCGACACCAUCACCAACAUGCUGAAAGCACUGAAGACUGCAGAGUCCCAGGGUCGUAGUGAGAUUCUACUCAGUCUACAGAAGGUGUUGAAUGGUCUUGGUGGAGCAGCAGCCUCUUGCCAUAGAGACAUCUAUAAGAACGCUCGUUCCCUACUCACAGACCGCUCCAUGGCUGUGCGCUGUGCUGUGGCUAAGUGUCUGCUAGAGCUGCAGAAUGAGGCUGUAUUCAUGUGGACCACCGAGCUGGAGAACGUAGCUACUCUGUGCUUCAAGGCCCUGGAAGGAUCAAACUAUGGAGUGAGGGUAGCCGUAUCCAAACUACUAGGAACCGUCAUGGCCACGGCCCUGAUGCCCAAACAAGCUGCAGUGAUGCGUCAGAAUGUGAAACGUGCCACGCUAGACGAGGUGUUGGAGCUGAUGGCUACAGGCUUCCUAAGGGGGGGGUCUGGCUUCCUGAAGAGCGGGGGGGAGAUGCUGAAGGGAGGGGGCUCUGUCAGCAGGGAGGUGCGGGUGGGAGUCACACAGGCAUAUGUUGUAUUCGUGACCACGCUGGGCGGCCAGUGGCUGGAGCGGAACUUUGCCACGUUCCUGUCCCAUGUCCUGGACCUGGUCAGCCACCCGCGGGCCACCCAGACACACGUGGAGGCGGUGUACUCCCGUCGCUGUGUGUCGUUCAUGCUGCGCUCCACUCUGGGGGGGCUGCUAGGGGAGAAGGCCCAGAUCGCUGCGGGGAAAGACAUCUGCCAGGCUAUCAGUAAACAGAUGAGGGCUGUGGAGGCAGUAGUGAAUGACACCAGUGGAGAGAACAAGGCAGGAGCAGCUGAUGUUUCUGCCAGUCAACACGUGAUGGUCUGUGCCCUCAAAGAGCUGGGCAGCCUGGUGCAGAGUCUUAGUGCCACAUCCUCACCGCUCAUACAGGAACCCUCCAUUGGUCUCCUGGAGACGGUCUCCUCUGUGCUGCUCCACCCCAGCAUGGCGGCCCGUCUGGCUGCGGCCUGGUGUUUACGCUGCGUUGCCGUGGCGCUGCCCUAUCAGCUGACUCCGCUGCUGGAGCGCUGUGCGGAGCGCAUCAACAACCUGAAGAGCUCUCCAGAGGCCGUCAGCGGCUACAGCUUCGCCGUGGCUGCUCUGCUGGGCGGCGUGCACCAGUGUCCUCUGGGAGUACCACAUUCUAAGGGGAAGCUGGUGGUGAGCAUAGCUGAGGAUUUGCUUGUUCUAGCCCAGAACAGCCGUCUUUCUCUGCAGAGAACCCAGGCUGGAUGGCUGCUGCUGGUGGCACUAAUGUCUCUGGGCCCGUCCCUGGUCCGCUAUCACCUUCCCAAGAUGCUGCUGCUGUGGAGGAAUGUGUUCCCCCGUUCCCAGAAAGAGAUGGAGGCAGAGAAGACUAGAGGAGACAGCUUCACCUGGCAGGUUACACUGGAGGGACGUGCUGGGGCACUCUGUGCCAUGCGUAGCUUUGUGGCCCAUUGUCCUGAGCUGCUGACAGAGGAUGUGAUCCGCAGGCUGAUGACACCUAUCGAGUGCGCCAUGACCAUGAUGUCACAUGUCCCGUCGGUCAUCAAGGUGCAUGGCACCCAUCUGAAAGCCAGUGCAGCUAUGGUGAGGCUGAGACUCUACGACAUCUUGGCUCUGCUUCCCCCGAAGACAUACGAAGGUAGUUUCAAUGCCCUGCUGAGAGAGCUGGUGGCAGAGUUCACACUGACUGAUAACUCAGCCAACACCACCACCUCGUUGCUACGCUCCCUCUGUCACUAUGACGACAGUGUUCUGAUGGGGUCCUGGCUACAGGAGACUGACCACAAGUCUAUCGAGGACCAGCUCCAGCCCAACAGUGCGUCAGGCAGUGGCGCUCUAGAACACGACCCCUCCUCCAUCUACCUGAGGGUACCGAUGGGCGAGGCCAUGCCUGGGCCCCUCCCCCUUGGCGUUUCUGUCAUCGACGCCUCCGUCGCUCUGUUCGGAGUGGUGUUCCCUCAUGUCUCCUUUAAACACAGGCUGCAGAUGCUGGACCACUUUGCAGAGUGUAUUAAACAGGCCAAGGGGGUCAGACAGCAGGCUGUCCAGCUCAACAUCUUCACCGCUGUCCUGAGCGCCCUCAAGGGUCUGGCAGAGAACAAGUCCACCCUGGGUCCUGAAGAGGUUCGUAAAUCUGCCCUGGCGCUGGUGAUGGGCGCUCUGGACAACCCAAACCCCAUCCUGCGCUGUGCUGCUGGGGAGGCCUUGGGAAGGAUGGCGCAGGUGGUGGGAGAGGCCACCUUCAUUGCCCGCAUGGCACAGUACAGCUUUGACAAACUGAGGUCAGCCCGUGACGUGGUCUCCAGAACAGGCCACUCCCUGGCUCUGGGCUGUCUGCACAGAUACGUAGGAGGGAUUGGUUCAGGACAGCACCUCAAAACCAGCGUCAGCAUCCUAUUGGCCCUUGCCCAGGAUGGAACCUCCCACGAGGUCCAGACGUGGGCCCUCCACUCCCUGGCUCUCAUCGUAGACUCCAGUGGUCCCAUGUAUCGAGGCUAUGUGGAGCCCACCCUCUCCCUGGUACUGACCCUGCUCCUAACCGUACCCCCGUCACACACUGAGGUACACCAGUGUCUGGGACGAUGUCUGGGCGCUCUCAUCACCACGGUUGGACCCGAACUUCAGGGUAACGGAGCGACCAUCUCGACAAUCCGCUCAUCAUGUCUGGUGGGCUGUGCCAUCAUGCAGGGUCACAGCGACUCCCUGGUGCAGGCAGCGGCCAUAUCCUGUCUCCAGCAGCUACACAUGUUCGCCCCGCGCCACGUUAACCUCUCCAGCCUGGUGCCCUGUCUCUGUGUCCACCUGUGUAGCUCUCACCUGUUGCUGCGCCGUGCAGCGGUGGCCUGUCUGAGACAGCUGGCCCAGAGAGAGGCUGCAGAGGUCUGUGAGUACGCCAUGAGUCUGGCCCGCAACAAGGACAGCACGGACUCAACCACCGUCAAUCUGAACAUCACAGAGACUGGUUUGGAGGGGGUUCUGUUUGGAAUGCUGGACCGGGAGACGGACAGGAAGCUUUGUCACGACAUCCAUGACACUCUGGGUCACAUGCUCUCCUCGCUCGCCGUGGACAAGCUCUCUCAUUGGUUGAAGCUCUGCAAGGAUGUCCUGGCUGCUACGACAGAGGCUGGAGGAGGGGUUGUGGCACCGGUAGAUCUGGGUAAAGAAGAGGACGACUCGGAGAAGCAGGAUGAGAUCGACGAUGACAUCAUGUUUACGGCGCUGGGAGAGGACAGUAACGCCAAGCCGUCUGUGGCGCCGCGCUGGGUGACCCGUGUGUUCGCCGCAGACUGUCUGUGUCGCAUCAUACUGCUGUGUGAGAACGCAGACAAGACCCACUUUGACCUGGCCGGCGCCCGCUCUGCUAAGGCCAAGAACCCUAAAGGUGAUCUGUUGGUCCUCCACCUCUCUGACCUGAUUCGCAUGGCCUUCAUGGCGGCUACAGACAACAGUAACCAGUUGAGGAUGGCUGGUCUUCAGGCUCUGGAAGACAUUAUUAAGAAGUUUGCCUCUGUUCCGGAGCCCGAGUUCCCAGGUCACGUGAUCCUGGAGCAGUACCAGGCUAACGUUGGAGCUGCUCUCAGACCAGCGUUCUCCCCAGAUACACCUUCUGACAUCACAGCUAAGGCAUGCCAGGUGUGCAGUACGUGGAUCGGCAGUGGUGUGGUCAGUGACCUGAAUGAUCUUCGUCGCGUCCACAAUCUCCUGGUAUCCUCGCUGGACAAGGUGCAGGCUGGGAAGGGUUCCUCUAGUCAGCUGUACAGUGAGAGUGCUACCACCAUGGAGAAAUUGGCUGUACUGAAGGCCUGGGCUGAGGUGUAUGUGGUGGCCAUGAAGAUAAAGAAGGAAGCAGAGUCUCGGCCGGUGAAGGAGGUGAAGGCAGGAGAAGAGGAUGAGGAAGAGGAGGAGGUGGGAGCGGACAUUCUUCCUCCUGACAGCCUAAUUAUGCUGGUGCAGCCUGAACUACCGUCUCUGUCUCGGCUGUGGUUGGCUGUCCUCAGAGACUACGCUCUGCUCACACUGCCUGCUGAGUUCUCCAGCCAACUGCCCCCUGACGGUGGUGCCUUCUACACCCCAGAGACCAUCGACACAGCCCGUCUCCAUUACCGUGGCUCCUGGGCCCCCGUUCUCCACGCUGUGGCCCUCUGGCUGAGCAGCACCAGCUUUGGGGCCGGGGAGGGGGAAGAGGAGGCCCCCGCUGUCCCUCCACAGGCUUCUGGGGCACCAGUCUACCCCCAGGGUAACCCUGGACCUACUCAGAGCCUGGAGGAUCUGAUUAAGGACAGAAUGCAUCUGAUGUUGGGUGUCAGUAUAGAGUUCCUGUGUUUCCCAAGACCAGAGGAACCUAUAGAACAUGUCAUGUCAUGUCUACAGGCUCUCUGUACCCUACUGGACUCUCCCUGUGCCAGGACACACAUCAGUGAAGACCAGUUGUUAGGUGUGGAGCUGCUCAACGUUCUCCACAGACUACUCCUGACCAGAGAUCCUCCAGCCGUUCAGCUCCAAGUUACGGCCGUAGUGCAGGAGACGAUCCGGGCUGCACAGGACCACCUGGCACGGCAGAGAGACGCACAGGACCACCUGGCACGGCAGAGAGACGCACAGGACCACCUGGCACGGCAGAGAGACGCACAGGACCACCUGGCACGGCAGAGAGACGCACAGGACCACCUGGCACGGCAGAGAGACGCACAGGGUAAGGAGGGCGGAGGGGAGCAUGACUGUCUGUCUCUCCUGGGAGAGGGAGGUGGGACUGGGGAGCUGCUCCCGGGGAAGUCCCUCGUCUUCGCUGCCAUGGAGCUUAUGGUGUUCAUCCUGGUUCGUCACUUGCCGCAACUCAACACCAGGGUGAACGAGUCCCCCAGCCACCUGCCCCUCCGACCCCAGCCUCGUCUGCCUGAGGAGAGCACCCGGCUGGUGGCUCACACCGUCUCUAUACUGGCUGAACUGCCAUCGCUAUGCUCCCCCGCAGGCAGCAUGACCAUCCUCCCCACUGUUCUCUUCCUGAUAACCGGGGUCCUGAAGGAGACGGCUGUGAAGACCCCUGAUAACUCCACCCCCCUGCCUGUCUCAGCUGCUCUACAGGGUAUAAAGACCAUCAUCACCUCUCCUCUGGCCCGGGCUGAGAAGACUCCCACUCAGUGGACAGGACUGAUUAGGAGUAGUCUGGCUUCUGUUCUAGAAUAUUCUCAACCAGAUGAGUCUCGUCCCAACAUGGAUGAGGUCAGUAUGCUGACAGCCAUGACCCUCUUCCUGCUGUCUGCCAGUUCAGAGGUCAUAGGAGUCACUGUGCUGCAGCAGGGUUGUAUGGAACGCUAUAGGAACGCACUCAUCUCCUCUGACCCAUGGGUCCAGGCACGGUGUUACCAACUCCUCCUGUCCGUGUUCCAGCACCCCAGCCGUGCGUUAUCCACGCCCUACAUCCACGCCCUGGCGCCACUUAUGGUGGAGAAACUGAAGGGGGUGGAGAGGAGUCGCCCAGGCACGGUCACGGAGCUGCAGGCCGUACAGGAGGGCAUCAGGGUUCUGGAGAACCUAGUGGGCAUGGCAGAGGAACAGAACAGGGUACAGUUGCUAGCUCUGCUCGUCCCCACCCUGGUCUCCUAUCUCCUGGAUGACAAGGCCUUCUCCUCUGCUCCUCCUGCCUCCAAGGGCCUACAUGAUUUUGCUCUCCAGAACCUGAUGCGGAUCGGGCCCCUCUACCCAGCUGCCUUCAAGACAGUGAUUGGAGCCGCACCUGAGCUCAAGACCCGCCUUGAGUCGGCUGUCAGAGCAAAUCAGGCGAGCAGCAAAGCCAAAGCAGCAGCCCUAUUGGCCCAGCCAACUGUGAUGGCCGCGCCCACCAUCAAACUCAAAACGAGUUUCUUCUAAAUAUUCCUGAAAUGCAGAAUACUUUAUCAUCCUGGUGUUGUUGUCGUCUGAUGCGCCUCUGUUCUUUAUUUAACUUGGUUCUCGGUGGAUGAGAGUUUCCUACUUCGUUUUCUUGAAGUCGGCAGGUAGCCUAGUGGUUAGAGUGUAGGGACGGUAGGUAGCCUAGUGGUUAGAGUGUAGGGACGGUAGGUAGCCUAGUGGUUAGAGUGUAGGGGCGGCAGGUAGCCUAGUGGUUAGAGUGUAGGGGCGGUAGGUAGCCUAGUGGUUAGAGUGUAGGGGCGGCAGGUAACCUAGUGGUUAGAGUGUAGGGGCGGUAGGUAACCUAGUGGUUAGAGUGUAGGGGCGGUAGGUAGCCUAGUGGUUAGAGUGUAGGGGCGGUAGGUAGCCUAGUGGUUAGAGUGUAGGGGCGGCAGGUAGCCUAGUGGUUAGAGCUUUGGACGGUAGGUAGCCUAGUGGUUAGAGUGUAGGGGCGGCAGGUAGCCUAGUGGUUAGAGUGUUGGGCGGCAGGUAGCCUAGUGGUUAGAGUGUAGGGGCGGCAGGUAGCCUAGUGGUUAGAGUGUAGGGACGGCAGGUAGCCUAGUGGUUAGAGUGUAGGGACGGCAGGUAGCCUAGUGGUUAGAGUGUAGGGGCGGCAGGUAGCCUAGUGGUUAGAGUGUAGGGGCGGCAGGUAGCCUAGUGGUUAGAGCAUUGGGCCAGUAACCGAAAGGUUGCAAGAUUGAAUCCCCGACAUGACAAGGUAAAAAUCUGUCGUUCUGCCCCCUGAACAAGGCAACUAACCCACUGUUCCCCGGUCGGCCUUCAUUGAAAAUAAGAAUUUGUUCUUAACUGAUUUACCGAGUUAAAUAAAGGUAAAAUAAAUAUAAUAAUAUUAAAGUCCAGGAAACAAGUAUGUAAAUAAUAUCAUUAAAGGGUGUUUUAAUAUCCACUUCCACAACCCCUGUAGAGAGAGAGUACUGCUUUUGAUGUCAUUUGAAUGUAUUGUUGCUAUUUUAGAGAUGGAUCUCAUUUUUACAUCUUAAAUGGCAUGCGAUUCCCUAUGUCGUGCACUCCCCUUUUGACCAGAGUAGUGCACUCCCCUUUUGACCAGAGUAGUGCACUCCCUUUUGACCAGAGUAGUGCACUCCCCUUUUGACCAGAGUCGUGCACUCCCCUUUGACCAGAGUAGUGCACUCCCUUUUGACCAGAGUAGUGCACUCCCUUUUGACCAGAGUCGUGCACUCCCUUUUGACCAGAGUAGUGCACUCCCUUUUGACCAGAGUAGUGCACUCCCCUUUUGACCAGAGUAGUGCACUCCCUUUUGACCAGAGUAGUGCACUCCCCUUUUGACCAGAGUAGUGCACUCCCCUUUUGACCAGAGUGGUGCACUCCCCUUUUGACCAGAGUAGUGCACUCCCCUUUUGACCAGAGUGGUGCACUCCCCUUUUGACCAGAGUAGUGCACUCCCUUUUUGACCAGAGUAGUGCACUCCCUUUUGACCAGAGUGGUGCACUCCCCUUUUGACCAGAGUGGUGCACUCCCCUUUUGACCAGAGUGGUGCACUCCCCUUUUGACCAGAGUCGUGCACUCCCCUUUUGACCAGAGUCGUGCACUCCCCUUUGACCAGAGUCGUGCACUCCCCUUUUGACCAGAGUCGUGCACUCCCCUUUUGACCAGAGUCGUGCACUCCCCCUUUGACCAGAGUCGUGCACUCCCCUUUGACCAGAGUAGUGCACUCCCUUUUGACCAGAGUAGUGCACUCCCUUUUGACCAGAGUGGUGCACUCCCUUUUGACCAGAGUGGUGCACUCCCUUUUGACCAGAGUGGUGCACUCCCUUUUGACCAGAGUGGUGCACUCCCCUUUUGACCAGAGUAGUGCACUCCCUUUUGACCAGAGUAGUGCACUCCCUUUUGACCAGAGUAGUGCACUCCCUUUUGACCAGAGUAGUGCACUCCCUUUUGACCAGAGUAGUGCACUCCCUUUUGACCAGAGUAGUGCGCUAUUUAGGGAAUACAGGAUGCCAUUUGGGACUCUUUCCAUUGAACAUGUAAAGGGACCUACUUCAAAAGAAUUUAACUGAGUAUCGUUUGUUCUGUAUUUGCUUCCUUAUUGGUCUGACGUCAUCAUUCCGUGCGGACUCUUGUACUCCGUGAGUCUUGGUUACAACGUUUGUUGAGGCUGAUGUGUCAACGUGGCUGUGUCCACUGUAAGACGGGAUUCAAUCAUGCGUAUGUUUGUAAUGGGAUGUUUGUUGCAUGUGGAAACUUGAGCAGAAAAGGGUCUACCUUUAAGUAAAAUGGGUCUACCUUUAAGUAAAAUGGGUCUACCUUUAAGUAAAAUGGGUCUACCUUUAAGUAAAAUGCUUGUUUUCGAUGUUCUUGUCUUGAGGCUUUAAACGUCACCCAAGACAUCCUCCAUUAAACAGACCAGUCCUCUACAACACAUUAAACAGACCAGUCCUCUACAACACAUUAAACAGACCAGUCCUCUACAACACAUUAAACAGACCAGUCCUCUACAACACAUUAAACAGACCAGUCCUCUACAACACAUUAAACAGACCAGUCCUCUACAACACAUUAAACAGACCAGUCCUCUACAACACAUUAAACAGACCAGUCCUCUACAACACAUUAAACAGACCAGUCCUCUACAACACAUUAAACAGACCAGUCCUCUACAACACAUUAAACAGACCAGUCCUCUACAACACAUUAAACAGACCAGUCCUCUACAACACAUUAAACAGACCAGUCCUCUACAACACAUUAAACAGACCAGUCCUCUACAACACAUUAAACAGACCAGUCCUCUACAACACAUUAAACAGACCAGUCCUCUACAACACAUUAAACAGACCAGUCCUCUACAACACAUUAAACAGACCAGUCCUCUACAACACAUUAAACAGACCAGUCCUCUACAACACAUUAAACAGACCAGUCCUCUACAACACAUUAAACAGACCAGUCCUCUACAACACAUUAAACAGACCAGUCCUCUACAACAUACCCUGUUUGAGAGAGACCGAGUUCUACUGAGGAACAUUACCUGCUAUGUGAUGAUCCAUGCUAACAUGGGAUGCAUGAUUUCAUGACUUCUGAAGGAAAAAAUCUAUGGGAAAGAUUGUUUGGAAGAUGAAGUAAUGAUUUAAUAUUAUUUUUUGAUUGCCUGUAAAUAGUUGGUUGUUAUUUAAUUAAAGGUAAAUAUAAAGAUCCAUAAAAAAAAGGACCUGAAAAAUCAGAUUGUGAACAUCGAGUGGGGUAAUAAUGUCAACAAAACAAUGUUACGCUAACAAGGCAUAUCAAGUCAUGAAGCACUACCCACAGUUAAUGAAGUCACUUACGACCCACAGUUAAAGAAGUCACUUACGACCCACAGUUAAAGUCAAACCACGACCCACAGUUAAUAUAUUCAAACCACGACCCACAGUUAAUAAAGUCAAACCACAACCCACAGUUAAUAAAGUUGGUUUUUCACCUAUUCUACA